GCAGUACAUGGAAGACUCUCGCGUUAUGUGACACGUAUUUGCUCAUCAAGCAAAGACGUCAUUAGACCAUCACCAUCUUCUCUUCCAUCUUUCUUUUCUUCUCUUCCAGAUUCCAUCUUCAUCUUCUUUUAAGUUUUUGACAGGGACAAAAUUACAAAACUAAACUAAGAACCUCCAAAAAUAUUCUUUCUCACUCCAUUUUUCUCAGUUUUUUAUUGUUUCUUGACCAAUCUGGUUGUUUUUAUGCCACCUCCCGCCGCCGCCUCCACCAAGAACCUCUACAACAUUAUUUCUCUUGUUCCAAUUAUCCUCAUGUGUAGAUCAAAAAAGAGCACAAACAUAAUCCAAUCUCUAACCCCAAAAUCCCACCAUUCAAAAUCACCUUUUAAAAGAAACCCAUCAUCAUUAUCAUCAGAAUCAUCCUCUACCAAUUAUCCAUCAUCCUCCUCCAUUAAUUUCUUUUCUUCAAGUUUCAACACCUAUUCAAACCCAUAUUCUUCUUCUUCAAUCCCAUCCAAAAAGUCUCUAAAAACCUUAAAAGAAGCUUCUCUACCAGAAAGCCCUAACAUUUACAACUUUAUUGAAAUUUGUAGGGCCACAAACAACUUUCUAUCAAAACCUUUUUCUUCUUCCUCUUCUUCCACUUCUUGGCGCUGUCAGAUUCGCCAGAAAGAGGUGAUUCUUACCCAGCGAAAAUUCCGUCACCGUGACCCAAUCCAGUUACCGGAGCUCCAACAACGGUUAUCCACAAUUUGCCGGAGUCAUCACAGUAGUUUAGUUAAGCUUCUUGGCGCCACCACUUCAGGAAAUUGUAUAUAUCUUGUUUAUGAAUACGUUCAUGGGGCUAAUUUAGCUACUUGUUUAAGAAACCCACAAAAUCGUAAUUACACGAUUCUUUCAAAUUGGUUAUCCCGAAUGCAAAUUGCUACAGAUAUUGCUCACGGGCUCGAUUACAUCCACCAUUGUACGGAUUCGGGUUCAGGUUCGGGUUUUGUGCACAACCAUAUAAAGUGUUCGAGCAUUAUUAUAACUGAAGAUCCAUUAAACGCAAAGAUUUGUCAUUUUGGUACGGCGGAGCUUUGUGGAGAAAUUGAUGGAAGUGAAAGAAGGUCAAGAAGUCUUGACCGGAGUGACAGUAAAGGAAAGAAAAUUGAAGGGACAAGAGGGUAUAUGUCGCCGGAAUUUCAAGAAAGUGGAGUUGUGACGCAGAAAAGUGAUGUGUAUGCUUUUGGAGUGGUGGUUUUGGAGCUAGUGUCAGGGGAAGAGGCGUUGAGGUAUGUGUUUGAUGAAGGGAGUGGAGGGUUUAGGAGAGUUAGUGUUAUUGAGAGGGCAAGAGAGGUGGUGGGUAGCGGUGAAGGCGGAGGCAAUCGUAUUAGGAGUUGGGUGGAUAGAAGAUUGAAGGAUUCUUAUCCGGUGGAGGUGGCGGAGAAGAUGGUCUUGAUUGGGUUGGAGUGUGCGGAGGAGGACCCGGAAAAAAGGCCGGAUAUGGAACAAGUCGCCGUUAGAAUUUCAAAAUUGUAUUUGGAAUCAAAGAAUUGGGCAGAGAGAAUUGGUAUGCCUAUUGAUUUCUCUGUUUCUAUGGCCCCCCGUUGAAUUUUGCAAGAGUCUAUAGCUUUUUCUUCCAUUUUUGUUUUUUCAAUAAGAAUACAAGCACAAGACACAGACAGAGCACAUCAUGUAAAGCCUUUAGAGGUUUUUGAUCGACUAAGUUUUUGGUUUAGUUGAUUCAUACGCUAGAUAGCUGAUUUACACCUCUCUCUCUCUCUCUAUAUUUAUUUAUUUAUUUAUUUCGUAUA